AUGUCGACAUUCGGGAUCAGCAUGGUCGAUUAUCUAUCAUCCACUAAGUUUCGUCUCGAAAGCGAUUUUCGAGUUGGUGGACCUCCCUCGUUAGCAGAAUUUCUUCCUGAGGGCGAGGAGCCAAAUUGGAGAAGCAUAGAAGAUGCUAUUAGAAAGUAUAUUCAACGGCCGGAAAAAUGAAAUGAGAUGGAUUUUGAUCACCUAACUACGUCGUCUGACCGGCGCCGAUUUUUCAGUUAAACCUUUAUUGGUUUUCCAGGCAACCAACAACCUUCAAAACCCCAAAAAAGCCUUCCGGAUUUCUUCAAAUUCUUAAUUUGUAAAAAACUAAGACCUAAUUCAAAAAUCGGCGCCGGUCAGGCGAUGUAGUUUCUUCUCCUCUUUGAAACAAAAAAAGAAUAAUGCAAUAUUAAAGGAGAUUUCUUUCUUUUAGAAAAUGAUUUUGAGAAAAUUGUUUCCAACAAGGAUUUGAGAAAAUGAAAAAGGUUUAAAAAAUCGAUAUGUUGUUAAUUUCAGUAAGUAAUGAAAAAUCAUUUGCAUGCUGUUUUCACAAGGAGGAAACAGCCCAUUAUAGACUAUCGGAAUCAAAAUAGAAUCAUAGAUGAGUCAGUUGCAAGUUCAUUCUGCCGUUUCAACUUCAGAACGCCAAAUUAAAACAAAAGCAGAUGCAUUGAACCAAUUUCCAUGAAUUUGUUUGUGCGUAUAUUUUUCGAUAGCUCCUCAGAGUUUCUGAAAGUUGUAGCUGUCUAUCUCUACUGGAUGUGAGGAUAUCAAGCUCACAGUAUUAACACACCCUUAAUCUAAUCUCUUGUGAUCAACCAACGAAAGGUUGUGGCUCUAUCAGUUCCAAAAUUUCUUUUUGUAUUUAGUCAUAUAGUGUUGAAUAGCAAUCAUAAAUGAUUUUCUACUCGACUGUCGGUAAUCUAUUCUUCUAGUGCUUCUCACAGUAUGUUCUGCUCAUCGACAUGUGAAGGUAUCCUCGCAGAGUGAUUGAAAAAGUCGAUUUCCUCAGGGUUUCGCUAACGUCUCAUUUUCGACAUAAGCAUGGUGAAUACGGAACUCCCGUCUGCACCCUAAAAAAUAUUCAUACUUAGCUUUUCUUUUAAACAGAAAGUGAUUUGGAAGUGCGAAAAGUUCUGUUGUCACAUACUUUGUCGAGAGUCUCUCGAUUUUGGCUAUCACGUGCUUAGAGAACGAUUCAGAAGAAGUCGUUUAACUUUUAACCAAAUUCAUAGAAACCGCAAAAUAGAAGAGCUCGUUUCUGAUUGGUCCGAUCGAUUGGCCAAUGGGACCUCGGAUUACACAUCGGACCUCAGAUUCGCUCCGGGGGGGGGGGGGGGGGGGGGGGGGGGGGGGGGGGGGGGGGGGGGGGGGGGGGGGGGGGGGGGGGGGGGGGGGGGGGGGGGGGGGGGGGGGGGGGGGGG